AUGUCGAGCUUGCAUGCCCGCAAUGGCAUUUCGACUGUCCAGCCACCUCUAUCACAAGCAGUAGGCUAUGUCGUUGUCGUUGUUAUCGGUGUGAUUAUUGCUCUUGUGAUGAUGCUUAUCACGAAAGUCUUGAAGAAAACUACUGGAGAGGACAACGAAAAGACCGAAAUGUUCAUGACAGCAAACCGUUCUGUCCCCACAGGCCUAACCGCGUCAGCUGUAAUAUCAUCUUGGCUUUGGUCAACUGCUUUACUCGGCUCAUCUUUUGUAGGUUAUGAUUAUGGCGUAGCCGGUCCAUUCUGGUUUGCAGCUGGCUGCAGUCCGAUGAUUGUCUUCUUUGCGCUGUUGGGAAUAUCCUGCAAGCGAAAGAUUCCUGAAGCGCAUACUUCGCUUGAGGUUGUUCGAAUUCGAUAUGGACAUGUGGCACAUGUUGUAUUCAUGGUUCUCUGUCUGGUGAACAAUAUCUUCGCCUGCGCCAACAUGCUUCUUGGUGCCGCUGCAGUAAUCACCGCUGUCACUGGAAUGCAUAUCAUCGCUGCCACCUUUUUGCUACCGGUUGGAGUGACCCUCUACACAUUUGUUGGUGGCAUCAAAGCAACGCAAGUCCCCUUUCCUCAAUCUCAUAAGCCCAGGCAUCUAAUUCUAUGGUGUAGAUUCCUUACCGAUUAUUUCCACACGGCUAUAAUAAUGAUCAUUGCAUGCUAUUUUUCUGUCAAAGCAUUCUCAACUGACCAGGUUGGCUCUGUGGGUGAUCUUUUCGAGCUUGUCCAAGCAGCCGCGCAACGACACCCAGUGUCCGGCAAUCAGGAUGGGACAUAUCUGACAAUGACAUCAAAAAGUGCGAUCCUUUUCGGAAUCCUUCACACCCUCGGAAACUUCGGCUUGGUUAUUAUGGACACAAGCUACUUCAUCAAAGCCUUCUCAGCCUCUCCAGCUGCAGUAGUACCCGGUUAUACAAUCGGAGGCAUCGCUUACUUCGCUAUCCCAUGGGGCUUGGGAACAGUAAUGAGCUCAGUUGCCCUCGGACUCGAGAACCAUCCAGCCUUCCCCACAUUCCCAAGGAGAAUGACAAGCACGGAAGUUAGCAAUGGCCUCGUCCUCCCAUACGCAGCAAUCACCAUUGCCGGUAAAGGCGGCGCAGCAGCAGUCCUUCUUAUAACCUUCAUGGCGUGCACAUCAACUCUCUCCGCACAGGUAAUCGCCGUCAGCUCGAUCCUCAGUUUCGAUGUAUACCGCGAGUACUUUAAGAAGAAGGCCACAGACCGGGAUCUAAUUCGGGCGAGUCACUUCGGCGUCAUUUUCUUCGCUGUUUUCUCUGCGGCCUUUAGCACCAUGCUUCACUACGUGGGUAUUAAUCUAGGAUGGACACUUUAUAUGCUGGGCGUGGUUACAUGUCCCGGAAUCUUCCCAAUGAUCUUCACAAUCCUCUGGCGACGCCAAAGUAAGGCCGCCGCAAUUCUCUCUCCAGUCCUUGGUCUCGCUACAGGUAUGGCUGUCUGGCUCGGGACUGCAUCCCAUUUUAGUGGUGAAGUUUCCGUCGCGUCCACGGGACAAGUUCUUCCCUGUCUAUAUGGGACAGUCGCUUCUUGUAUGUCGCCGAUUAUAUACUCGGUUCUGAUUACGCUUGUCCGGCCGCAGAAUUAUAAUUGGGAUGACUUCAAAAAGGUGAAGCUAUCUCUUGAAAGUUUGGAUAGUGAUUUGAGGACUGCGCAUCGUGACCAAGCUUCUUCAGGUGGUGAUUUUGGGGGUAUUGAAGAUGGAGACAGGGCUGCCCGGGAUCAGAAAGAGCUGAAGCGGUGGGGUCGUAUUGCGGCUAUUUGGUCAGCGGCGACCUUUUUGGGCCAUUGGUUCUAUGUUGCCUGGGUUAUCGUCGCUAUCAUCUGGCUCUGGCUCAGUAUGCUGGUUGCUAUCUUCUACCCGAUAUUUGAUGGUGGCAUUGAGCAGAUCCGCGAUGUCUAUCGAGGGCUGAGAGGUCACAAGAUUGUCACUGAGAGUUAUCGGAGUAAAGAUGGAAAAGGAGAAAGUAGUUCUCCGUCUACUAGGUCCGUCGGCAGUGCUACCCAUACAGGAUAUCUUCAAGAGACUAAGUCUUGA